UUUCUUUCUCCCUAGAGUUCCGUUGUAGUUGCUGUUGAUAAUCACUGUAGAGAACACUGAACUUUGGAAAAAAUGUUAGAAACUGUAGAUAAAAAUCGGGCCCUGCAGGCAGCAGAGCGCUUGCAAGCCAAGCUCCGGGAGCGCGGGGAUGUAGCCAAUGAAGACAGACUGAACCUUCUCAAGUCAGUGCUGCAGAGCCCGCUCUUCAGUCAGAUUCUGAACCUUCAGACUUCUGUACAGCAGCUGAAAGACCAGGUAAACAUUGCAACUUCAGCAAUUUCAAACGUCGAAUGUGCCCAUAUUCCACAUCUCAGCCCAACUUUAAUUCCUACGCUGCAAAAUGAGUCGUUUUUAUUGUCUCCAAAUAAUGGGAAUCUGGAAGUUCUUACAGGGUUGGGUACUUCACACAUCAAUGGGAAACCUGCUUGUGAUGAAUUUGAUCAACUGAUCAAAAAUAUGGCCCAGGGUCGCCACAUUGAAGUUUUCGAACUCCUCAAACCUCCCUGUGGAGGCCUUGGGUUUAGUGUUGUGGGACUAAGGAGUGAGAACCGGGGAGAACUGGGAAUAUUUGUGCAGGAGAUCCAGGAGGGCAGUGUGGCUCACAGAGAUGGAAGGUUGAAGGAAACUGAUCAGAUCCUUGCUAUUAAUGGACAGGCACUUGAUCAGACAAUUACACAUCAGCAGGCCAUCAGCAUCCUGCAGAAAGCCAAGGAUAAUGUCCAGCUGGUUAUCGCCAGAGGCUCAUUGCCGCAGCUGGUCAGCCCCAUAGUUUCCCGUUCUCCAUCUGUGGCCAGCACAAUUUCAGCUCACUCGAAUCCGGUUCACUGGCAGCAUGUGGAAACUAUUGAAUUGGUGAAUGACGGUUCUGGUCUGGGAUUUGGCAUCGUAGGAGGAAAAGCAACUGGCGUGAUUGUGAAGACCAUCCUGCCUGGAGGAGUGGCUGAUCAACAUGGGCGAUUGUGCAGUGGUGACCACAUUCUAAAGAUUGGUGACACAGAUCUAGCAGGAAUGAGCAGCGAGCAAGUAGCCCAAGUCCUCCGACAGUGUGGAAAUAGAGUCAAGCUGAUGAUCGCACGAGGUGCCAUAGAAGAGCCUACAGCAUCCACCUCUCUGGGUGUCACGCUGUCCUCAUCCUCCUCUUCGACGCCAGAGAUGCGAGUUGAUGCUUCUACUCAGAAAAGUGAAGAAAAUGAGACAUUUGAUGUAGAACUCACGAAAAACGUCCAAGGAUUAGGAAUUACCAUUGCUGGUUACAUUGGAGAUAAAAAAUUAGAACCUUCAGGAAUCUUUGUAAAGAGCAUUACAAAGAGCAGUGCUGUUGAACAUGAUGGAAGAAUCCAAAUUGGAGACCAAAUUAUAGCAGUAGAUGGCACAAACCUUCAGGGUUUUACCAAUCAGCAAGCAGUAGAGGUGUUGCGACACACAGGACAGACUGUGCACCUGACACUAAUGAGGAGAGGAGCGAAGCAGGAAGCUGAGCUCACCGCGGGGGAGGACGUCACAAAAAGCACGGUCGCGUCUCCCAUUAAUGCCAGUGUAAGCAAAGAAAAUUAUGAAGAAGAUGAAGGUUCUUUAUCUUCAGUGAGAGGUGCCAGUACAUUACAAACUGAAGAAGAAGGCAAACACCUGGAGCCAGGGUAUCCGUUACUGUCAGCUGAGAUGGGAGAAAUACAAGACGUGCGGCAACAGGAAGCGGCCCUGCUGACAAAGUGGCAAAGGAUUAUGGGGAUUAAUUAUGAAAUAGUGGUGGCCCACGUGAGCAAGUUCAGUGAGAACAGUGGGUUGGGGAUAAGUCUGGAAGCAACAGUGGGACAUCAUUUUAUCCGAUCUGUUCUACCAGAAGGUCCUGUUGGACACAGCAGGAAGCUUUUCAGUGGAGAUGAGCUACUGGAGGUGAAUGGCAUAACUUUGCUUGGGGAGAGUCACCAAGAUGUGGUGACUAUUUUAAAAGAGCUGCCUAUAGAGGUGACAAUGGUGUGCUGCCGUCGAACUGUGCCAGCCACCGCCCGGGCAGGACUGGAGAGCCUGGACUUAUGUGACAUUGAACUAACAGAACAGCCUCACGUAGACCUCGGUGAGCUCAUCGGGUCCUCGGAGACAGAGGAGCCCGUGCUGGCGAUGACGGAUGUGGGUCAGGAUGGAGAGGAGGCUCAGGGACCUUUGGCCAUGUGGGAGGCUGACGUUCAGAACAUAGAGCUGGAAAAGGGGAGCAGAGGACUUGGUUUCAGCAUUUUAGAUUAUCAGGAUCCAGUUGAUCCAGCAAGCACUGUGAUUGUAAUUCGUUCUUUGGUGCCUGGUGGUGUUGCCGAAAAGGAUGGACGGCUUCUCCCUGGGGAUCGACUCAUGUUUGUCAACGACGUUAACUUGGAAAACAGCAGUCUUGAAGAAGCUGUACAGGCACUGAAAGGUGCACCCUCAGGAACUGUGAGAAUAGGCGUUGCCAAGCCUUUGCCUCUUUCCCCAGAAGAAGGUUAUGUUUCCGCUAAGGAGGACUCCCUUCUCUACCCACCACACUCCCGCGAGGAGGAAGGGCUGCCUGACAAAGCCCUCUUCAGGGCCGACUGGGCUCUGGUGGACACGGACGAUGCUGACUUAGCAGACGAGUCUGCAUUCGAGUCUCACUACUCUCCUGAUCAUGACAGUAUCUACUCCACUCAGACCUCUGUUUUAUCCCUUCAUGGCAGUGCUUGCAGUGAUAGCCUGAAUUACGGUCCCUCCCUUCCGUCUUCUCCUCCCAAGGAUGUUACUGAAAGUUCUUCAGAUCCAAUUCUUGAUCUCCAUAUGUCCUUGGAGGAGCUGUACGCCCAGAAUCUCCUACAAAGACAGGAUGAGAGUUCGCCUUCCGUAGACCUGAACAUGGGGACUGCUUCUGGCUUUACUGUAAACGAUUAUACACCUGCGAAUGCUGUUGAACAGCAGUACGAAUGUGAAAACACAAGAAGAUGGACUGAAUCUCACCUACCAAAUGAAGUUAUAGCAAGUGCAGAACUGAGUUCUCCUGUGCUAACUGAUUCACCUGGAAAGGGCUCCAAGUUCUUAAUGCAACAGGGUUCCCUGGCCUCUGCUGCUGAGUGUGUCAUGUUCCAAAAUAUAUCCAAAGAAUCUUUUGAGAGGACUAUUUCUAUAGCAAAAGGCAAUUCUAGCCUAGGAAUGACCGUAAGUGCUAAUAAAGAUGGCUUGGGGAUGAUCGUUCGAAGCAUCAUUCAUGGAGGUGCCAUUAGUCGAGAUGGCCGGAUUGCCGUUGGGGACUGCAUCCUGUCAGUCAACGAAGAAUCUACUAUCAGUUUAACCAAUGCCCAGGCACGAGCCAUGCUGAGAAGACAUUCUCUCAUCGGGCCUGACAUAAAAAUUACUUACGUGCCUGCGGAGCAUUUAGAAGAGUUCAAAGUCAGCUUGGGACAACAGUCUGGAGGAAUAAUGGCACUGGAUAUUUUUUCUUCAUAUGCCGGCAGCGACAUUCCAGAACUACCAGAGCGAGAAGAAGGAGAGGGGGAAGAAAGUGAACUUCAAAACGCAGCAUACAGCAACUGGAAUCAGCCCAGGCGGGUUGAACUUUGGCGAGAACCGAGCAAAUCCUUGGGCAUCAGCAUUGUUGGUGGACGAGGGAUGGGGAGCCGUCUGAGCAGCGGUGAAGUGAUGCGGGGCAUUUUCAUCAAACAUGUUCUUGAAGACAGUCCAGCUGGCAAAAACGGAACCUUGAAACCCGGGGACAGAAUAGUAGAGGUGGAUGGAAUGGACCUCAGAGAUGCAAGCCAUGAACAAGCUGUGGAAGCCAUUCGGAAAGCAGGCAACCCUGUAGUCUUUAUGGUACAGAGCAUUAUAAACAGACCGAGGAAAUCCCCUUUGCCUUCCCUGCCGCACAACCUUUACCCUAAGUACAACUUGAGCAGCACUAACCCAUUUGCCGAUUCUCUUCAGUUCAACGCUGACCAGGAAUUACAGAAUCCAAGUAGAGUUACCUUCCGUUGUUCCCCAACUAACCCUUUUGCUCCCACACCGUUGAAGGUGCCCAGUCAGUCAGAACCCGAGCCGGAAAAGGCUCCGCCGUGCACUGUGCCCCCGCCCCCUUUCUCCGCAUGUGCAGAAACAAGUGGGGAUCAUACACAGUCAUCUGCAAGCAAAAUGUCAGAGGAUGUGGACAAAGAGGAUGAGUUUGGUUACAGCUGGAAAAAUAUCAGAGAGCGUUACGGAACCCUGACGGGCGAGCUGCAUGUGAUUGAGCUGGAGAAAGGUCGCAGUGGUUUGGGCCUGAGUCUUGCUGGAAACAAAGACCGAUCCAGGAUGAGUGUCUUUAUAGUGGGGAUUGAUCCAAACGGAGCAGCUGGGAAAGAUGGGCGACUGCAGAUUGCAGACGAGCUUCUCGAAAUCAAUGGUCAAAUUUUAUAUGGAAGAAGUCAUCAGAAUGCUUCAUCAAUCAUUAAAUGUGCUCCUUCUAAAGUAAAAAUAAUUUUCAUCAGAAAUAAAGAUGCAUUGAGUCAGAUGGCUGUAUGUCCUGGGCAUACAAUGGAACCUUUGCCUACCGCCUCAGAGAAUCUUCAAAAUAAGGAGGCUGAACCGAAUGUUACUACUUCUGAUGCAGCUGUGGACCUCAGUUCAUUUAAAAACGUGCAACAUCUGGAGCUUCCCAAGGACCAGGGGGGUCUGGGCAUCGCCAUCAGUGAAGAAGACACACUCAGCGGGGUCGUCAUAAAGAGCCUCACAGAGCACGGGGCAGCAGCCAAGGAUGGACGGCUCAAAGUUGGAGAUCAGAUCUUGGCUGUCGACGAUGAAGUUGUUGUUGGCUAUCCUGUUGAAAAGUUUAUUAGCCUUUUGAAAACAGCGAAGACGACAGUGAAACUUUCUAUUCGUGCUGAGAAUCCAGACUCCCAGGCCAUUGCUCCAGUAGCUGCUACAGCCAACGGAGAGAAAAAGAACAGCUCCCAGUCUCCAAUGGUCGCACCAUCCGUCUCCCCAGAGCCGGAGACCGUCCGAAGUACAAGCAGGUCGUCCACACCAGCGAUCUUCGCUUCCGAUCCCGCCACCUGCCCCAUUAUCCCAGGCUGUGAAACAACAAUCGAGAUUUCCAAAGGCCGAACAGGGCUGGGCCUGAGCAUCGUGGGGGGGUCCGACACACUGCUGGGAGCCAUCAUUAUCCAUGAAGUUUACGAAGAGGGAGCAGCAUGUAAAGAUGGAAGACUCUGGGCUGGUGAUCAGAUUUUAGAGGUGAAUGGAAUUGACCUGAGAAAGGCCACGCAUGAUGAAGCCAUCAAUGUCCUGAGACAGACACCACAGAGGGUGCGCCUGACGCUCUACCGAGAUGAGGCCCCAUACAAAGAGGAGGACGUGUAUGACACCCUCACUGUCGAGCUGCAGAAGAAGCCGGGGAAGGGCCUGGGCUUGAGCAUUGUUGGUAAAAGAAAUGAUACUGGAGUAUUUGUAUCUGACAUUGUCAAGGGAGGAAUUGCAGAUGCUGACGGAAGACUCAUGCAGGGAGACCAGAUACUGAUGGUAAACGGAGAAGACGUCCGUCAUGCCACCCAGGAAGCCGUCGCGGCGCUGCUCAAGUGCUCCCUGGGCACAGUGACCUUGGAAGUCGGAAGAGUCAAAGCUGGGCCGUUCCAUUCAGAGAGGAGGCCUUCUCAAAGCAGCCAGAUGAGCGAAGGCAGCCUUUCGUCAUUCACUUUUCCACUCUCGGGAUCCAGUACAUCUGAGUCACUGGAAAGUCACUCAAAGAAGAAUGCAUUGGCAUCAGAAAUACAGGGAUUGAGAACAGUUGAAAUUAAAAAGGGGCCUUCUGACUCGCUGGGAAUCAGCAUUGCUGGAGGAGUGGGCAGCCCGCUGGGCGAUGUUCCUAUAUUUAUUGCAAUGAUGCAUCCGAAUGGAGUUGCAGCUCAGACCCAGAAACUCAGAGUAGGGGAUAGGAUUGUCACUAUCUGUGGCACGUCCACCGAUGGGAUGACUCACACCCAAGCAGUUAACUUGCUGAAAAAUGCCUCUGGCUCCAUUGAAAUGCAGGUGGUUGCUGGAGGAGACGUGAGUGUGGUCACAGGUCAUCAGCAGGAGCCUGCCAGUUCUAGUCUUUCUUUCACGGGGCUGACGUCAAGUGGUAUAUUUCAGGAUGAUUUAGGACCUCCUCAGUGUAAGUCUAUCACGCUAGACCGAGGACCAGAUGGCUUAGGCUUCAGUAUAGUCGGAGGAUACGGCAGCCCUCACGGAGACUUACCCAUUUACGUUAAAACAGUGUUUGCAAAGGGAGCAGCUGCCGAAGAUGGGCGUCUCAAGAGGGGUGAUCAGAUCAUUGCUGUCAACGGCCAGAGUCUAGAAGGGGUCACUCAUGAAGAGGCUGUUGCCAUCCUUAAGCGGACAAAAGGCACUGUCACUUUGACGGUUCUCUCCUGAACUUGCUGCCAGAAUCGAGCCAUCCUAAACUCCUUGCUCACAUCCCAUACUGUAAAGAGAAUGAAACUGGUCCUGUGGAUAACUUUUCCCAUGCUGUCUUCAUCGGGCUCUUUAAAACUGUAGGGGGAGAAAAGUAAUAUUUAAGUUUGUUUUUCUCAUAUGGAAAUGAUUUUCUUACUGACAGCCUAGCAUCACCUUCCCAUUCUCCUUGCAUUUUGUGAUGUAAACUCAAAGAGAACGACUCUGCGUUGGCAAAUCCCGUCUUUUCUUCCUGAAGAUACUGACGUUUUGUAGUCACGUGGGCAGAAAUUAAUCCUGCUGAUUAGUAGAUAAAGAAAAAAUGAAUUCAAAAGCUAACCAAAGAGAAAUGGCUGCCUGACAUUAAGGUGAAAAGUGAAAAUAUAAAAUAAAGAAGAAAAUCUCAAAUGUUAUAAACAUAUAUUUUAAUCCCCUUCUCCCUGCUUCUAAAACAGAAAAGAAAAAACAUUGACUGAAAAUCUUUAAAAAUACUUUCAGUCUUUAAAAAUUUUGAAUAUUAUUAAAAAGUUCCAUCUCCUCAGCUCCAGUAUACACAUACUUAGUUUCCUCCUAAGAGGGGCUUCUGAGAUUGAGUAGAAAAGCAAAUGCAGGAAGCGGUGUCCCCAAGUUUGUAAAGAAGCAUUUACUGCACCAUAUUGAUGUUCAUUUUCACCUGCUAUAAAAUAUUUUCACCUUCCUAUAAGUAAAAUGCUGCUGCUGCCCCAUAUUGACUGUGGUUUCCCUAGAAAGCAGCUGUGUUAACCGUGGGCGAGUGUAGCUCUCCGAGUCUUCAGUGCUUGUUGUGAGGCGUGCAACACUCAAGAUGUGUCACCGUGCUGUGCAGUUGGUUUUCAAUUAGUAUUAAUCUUAAUGACAGAGAAAAAAGCAACGUGUUAGUAAUUAUUUUGGUUGUAUGCCAUUAGUAAAUUGAUAGAAAAAUUAAGGGGAUUAACAUAGCUUCAUUUUAUUGCCCUGUAUUAACAUCUUAUAAUACAAUAGUUUAAGACUAAGGGAAACAGAUGGAGCUGUUUAUUGAGACAACUGGUGAGGAAUUAUCAUGUGUUCAUUCCCAUUUUAGAGCGUGAAACUCCUACAUUAGAAUAUAUAAAGGCACUCUAAGUAUUAUCUAUAUUUGUAACGAAAGUAGUGUACAGAUAUUUUAUUACAGCACUUUUGUGUAAAUGCAGAAUUGAAGUGAAUAAAUAAGAUGUUUCAUGGUGCACAAAAAA